AUGGCGCCUUCGACCGACGGGGCCGUGUCCAACGUUCAGCCCUGGAGGAACGCCACCAGAGGAUUUGGCUCCAGGUUCGCCGCGACGGCCUCGUGGCUUACGCUCUCGACGGUGACUGUUGCCUUCUUGAUUACGCCGCGCAAGAAGGAGUGGGUGGACAUCUGCCUGGACUACUGCUACUCGAAGCGCGCGCUUAGCGCGCGCACGAUCUACGACGGCCUCUUCGCGUUCUUGAAAAAGAUGCCCAAAUAA